CAAUAUGGCGGCGUCCUUGUGUCGGUGUUCGAGGAUUCUCUCCAGAAACAAUCUGAUUUGCCUUCCCCGUGGAUAUAUUUCAGUAUACAAUCAAAGAUAUGAUACAUUACUGUGCAGGACCAGCGAUGUUUCUUUCCAGCAUCGGUUUGUGUCAAGCCGUGGGAAUCCACGAAAGGGUUUUCUGGGGGAGUUUGUUGACUCCUUGAAGCAAGAACUUAGCAAGAACAACGAAAUGAAGGAGAACAUCAAAAAAUUCCGUGAAGAAGCCAAAAGACUGGAGGAGUCUGAUGCGCUCCAACAAGCUAGGAAGAAAUAUAAAUCUAUUGAAUCUGAAACUGUGAAAACCUCUGAAGUAUUUAAGAAGACUCUGGGCUCAUUCUCUGACACCUUAAAAGGGAGUCUAGAAGAGGUUGGCCGCACUGACCUGGGCAAGAAGAUAAAAGAGGGAGUGGAGGAAGCAGCCAAGACAGUAAAACACUCUGCCGAAUCAGUGUCUAAAGGUGGCGAGGUGCUAGGGAAGAGCAGUGCCUUCAGAGCCAUCUCACAGGGUGUGGAAUCAGUGAGGAAAGAGAUAGAUGAUCCUUACAGUGGUCCUUACCGGCCACCAUCAAGAUUGCGAAAGAGGAGUGAGUUCUCCUUCAAAGGGUCAGAGAAUGAGGAUAAAGUGUUCGACGCCAAUGAAGAGGCAAUGGGUGUUGUUCUCCACAAGGAUUCAAAAUGGUUUCAGCAGUGGAAAGACUUCAAGGACAACAACAUGGUCUUUAACAGGUAUUUUGAGAUGAAGAUGAAAUAUGAUGAAAGUGAUAAUGCUCUGGUCCGGGCGACUCGGGCUGUGACAGACAAAGUGACUGAUCUUAUUGGAGGUCUGUUUUCAAAAACGGAGAUGUCAGAAGUGUUGACAGAGAUUCUGACGUCAGACCCCAGCUUUGAUAAAGACUUAUUUCUCAGACAAUGUGAGCGUGAUAUCAUCCCAAAUAUACUAGAGGCCAUACUGCGUGGGGAGCUGGAAGUGUUAAAAGAUUGGUGUUAUGAAGCUACAUAUAGCCAGCUAGCACAUCCCAUCAAGCAGGCCAUCACCAUGGGGCUGCAGUUCCACUCUAAAAUCCUUGAUAUUGACAACAUUGAUCUGGCUAUGGGGAAAAUCAUGGAUCAGGGUCCUGUUCUCAUCAUCACCUUCCAGGCACAGGUUGUCACGGUGAUCCGCAGUCCAAAAGGAGACGUUGUGGAGGGAGAUCCAGAGAAAGUCCUGAGGAUGAUGCAUGUGUGGGCACUGUGUCGUGAUCGGGAGGAGCUGAACCCUCAUGCUGCCUGGAGACUUCUGGACAUGUCGGCCUCCAGUACUGAGCAGGUGCUCUGAGGCGCAGGAUGGAAGCGUGAUGAAGACAGGCCAGAAGUUCAUCUUUCACAGGCAUCAGCUCCCCUACAUUCCAACAGUUAGUUGCUUUUUUUAACCUUAAUUGUGGCUUGCAGGACGUGAACAUCUUUGGCCGUUUUAUUAAGUGAGUGAGUUCUGAUCAUUACGCCAUGCGUCUUAAACUGUGACUCAGAAUCACCUAAAAAUAGCUCAACGAAAACCUCAAUGUCCUCAUAGUGAUCAUCCUUUCUGGCUACCUGCAAACUGUUCAUACAUCGAAGCUCAUCCAGCUGAACAGACAAUGCUCUGUACUCAUUAGCAAUGUUUCAGAUAAGUACACACAAACCUGACGGCACGAAAAGUUGUACUAACUUUUUGGCUGUCUCUCCAAUGUAGCUACCCUGGCUCUUGCAAGACCUAUGUAGUUCAGCACAGCUUUGGCAUGGGUGGUUCCACGAGCAGCACACGUAGAUCUGGUCCACAGCGCUAUUCGGGUAAGCCAUUCGGCCAGUAUUGUGACAAAGAAAAUGUUUCAAAUAACAGAAGUGGCUCGCAUAGAGGAGUCACCUGUCAAAAUGUAUUGCAGAUUUUUACCACGUAUUGAUUCUUUUAAAAAUGAAUAGAGAAGGUUUUGGAAGAAUUUAUUGGUGGCAACUAAGGACGGACAAAUUUUAGAUAACGCCAUGCAUCCUAUUUGCACUCUACCAGACCAAAGGAGUGGAGCUUGUGGAGCUGUGCAGAACUAUACAGGUCUGACAAGAGCCAGGCUACAAUAUAAUCAAAGCUCGUAUUUCACUCUUGUAAUGGUGGUAGAACUCUGUGGGAAACCAUCCCAUACUUACAGCAUAGCUUGCUGCAAACAUUGUUUUGAUGAGUUUUGGAGGCAUCAUAGAAUUAUAAACGGAAUACAAACAAUACACAUGCAAUUUGUUGAAUUUACUCAUUGAAAGUCCCAAUGGGUUAAAUGACACAGCGUAUAUAAGCACCAUUGGUAGUUUAGUCUUCCAAAAUGUACAAAGAAAUGCAGACUGUUUUAGGUGUGCUCAAAAUGUGUUGAAUAUAUCAAUGUAUCUUGUUGAGGUGUGUGAAGUCUUACUUAAGUGUAUUAUUUGUCAUUACAAACUUCAUCAGUAUUGGGACAAGGACCAAAAUAUAAUAUAAUAUGACUAACUGAAAUGUGUAUUGUAUAUACUGGAAUGGGAAACAGGAAUCAGUUAUGUGAAAAAUAUCCUGAGAUGGCAACUGAGCAACAUAUAAUUUCAUGCCUUUCCACAUUCCCUUGCUGGUUCAUCUUUGCCUUUUUCAUCAGCAAUCCUUAACAGUUUGUGAAUUUAUGUUACCUAUGUGAAGUAUUUCAUUCCUGUGCAUUCUGCAAAUUGAUUGUCAUGGUACCAUGUUUCAACUGUAAGAUUGGUACCACAGUGACAAAUGACAUGAUAACAUUCAAUCCUUUAGAAAUCUGCAAUAGACUUUAAGAAAGAACACAAAUAAGAAACUUAAAACAAUUUGUAAGGGAAACCAACAGUGGCCAACCAGUUGAAAGAGGUACUUUUUUGUAUUGAGCCAGACUUGCAGAAGAGAACAAAUCUACAUCAAAAGAAUAACGCAAAUGCAAAUGCCAAUAUUUAUUUUGGGCCAUGGUAGGGCCAAGUGUUCUGUUUAAAAGAAGUUAGACCUCAUCGUCUGUCUAUGAGAACACAUACUUUACAUUAGAACUAAUGUUUGCCAUUUCUCGACGCUUGCGCACCAAUUGAAAAGUUGGCAGUACGUGCCUUCUUUCACAUUAACCUGCUCAGACCUCAUAACUUGCUCCAGUGGCCAUUGUAUUGUACGGUUUGCCGUAAAAAAAAAGUCAAAUGAAGUCUAUGACCCAUUCAAUCUCUAUGGGGUCAUUUUCUAGCGUUUUAUUGUAAAUGGACAGUGCAUCUGCGAUCGAAACGAUCCAGAAACAGAUACAUGUAAACUUCUAGCCUAGUAAACUAGCCCCACCCACCAGCGGCCAAAAUUAUUUUUGCCUGCGAGUUGGUCUAGCCUCAGACAAUGCCCCAGGCCCUGAAACUGGCAGACCGAUCACAACGAAGGAGAUUUGUCUUGAAUCCUUGGAAGCAAAUUGGGCGGGGUUUUGGUCAGAGCGUUGGCCUGUAGGCAAACACACGGUUUGAAAAACAACGGGUUGUUCCCAUCAACAAUCUUCCGAUGUCUCAUUGAUAGAGGCCAGACUAAAUAUUCACAUUUAAUCUCACAUUUAGUCUGGCUUGCCAGGCUAGUAAACUUAGCCUCAGCUGGAAAGAAGUGGUCUGUGUUGCUUUAAUACCUUUCUACUAUUUUAAUUCAGAGUUUAUGAACAAGAGUCUUGACACACAGCUGACUGAAAAUAAAAGCAAGGUUGACAAUCAGAAGAAUGACUACAUGUAACUAGAACUACCAGACCAAUGCCUCCUCGCCUGUGCGAGAAUAAUCACCCAUUAAUAAUAAAAAGAAACACACACCAGGGCAGGCAUGAGAGUUUUGGAGCUAGUGUUUCAAAUGUACAGGAACUGUCAAAAAUAAUUUAAGAAAAUUUUAAAUUUAUAUUAAAAAGUACGUUUAUUAGUAGGUUUUGUUUACUCAUUUUUUAUUAUUUGUUGUGUCUUUUAUGUUUUUGUUAUGUAUGUGUACACAUUCUUUCUCCUCUGUUUAGAUCGAUAUCAGAUAUAAUAUUUUUUCUCCAUGUAAGGAAGUGUCAGUCAGCUUGUCUUUCACUGAAGACAAGAAAUAUCAAUUUGUAAUAGUUAUUAUUGACUAUUAAAAAGGCAGCUUGUCAGUUAAUCUCAUCAUCACAAAAAGUUUGAUGCCUAUAAUUUUUCUCUGCUGCUUGUACAAAAUAAUAUUAUGUUCUCCGUGUAUCAACACCUACUUUGUAAGACUGAACUGAAGCAAGAUAAAAAUGUAAGUGAUCAUCUGUGUAAAAAAAACAAAAAGAAAUUAAGACAGGUUUGAAAUAAAAUUGUUGUGUGAAAUUCA